AUGAAUUACAAAAGGUUCGUUGAGUACAUAAACUUAUUUUUACUACUGACUGCAACAUUACUAUUAAUUUUCCUCAUGUUAUCCGGUGCAACUACUACGGGGGUCCUUCAACAUUUCUUCUGGUUACAAGCAACCACAGCGGGUUUCAACAUGGCUUCUAACAUAACAAAAUGGUAUAAUUAUCGCUCAUGUGGUCUCUCUUGGUUUGAAAUUGGCAUCAUGACAUGUUCAAGGACAAGAGCCGCAUACCCAUUCUCCCCAUUGGAUAAUUUUGGCUUUUCACCUAAUAUCCCAAGUUCCUUUGUAAAGCAUAGAGAUACCUACUUUUUUCUUUCUCGAAUUGCUUGGGGCAUGCUAUUCCUAGGUUUCAUAUUCGUUAUAACCACGUUAAUACUCUCAUUAUUUUCUCUUUCACGUCCAUCUAACAGAAUAUUUGUUCCUUGGGCCCCAUUAUUUUUACACUGCUGUGCCUUUUUUUUCAUAUUAUUGUCUGCCGCACUUUACACCGGUUGUUUCGUGAAGGGAAAGGAGGUUUUUGCUAAUGCAAAGAGAAAUGCAAGGUUGGGAACCAACAAUUUUGUUUUCAUUUGGGUAUCAGUGGGAAUUCUUCUAGUUUGCGUUUAUUUGGCACUAAUCUUGAAACAUGGUGACGAAUUAGCAAAGAUUGAACUGAAAAUUGGGAGAAAUAGACCGGAUUAUAGAGCUCUGGGAAGGCAUUUGCAUUUGAAUCCGGAUCUGGAAAAAUCUUCUCCAGGAACUUCCAGUUCUCCUGAUGUUAGUGAUAGUAGUGUUUUGCGUUUCUAG